AUGACGAAAGCCACUGUCGACGUCGCUCGACUACUUUGCAUUCUCGGCCGCCUUGCCCAGAUGCAAGUCACUUCAAUUUGUCAAAAUGUUGUCGAUCCAGAGGUUGUCCCUGCAUCGUGCACGAAACGGGCACGCCUCGUCUAG